GGCUGCGCAGGAGGAGCGCUCCGCGGCCACGGCGCUGCGCGGCCCGCGCGGCGACACCUGUUCGCGGCAGCCCGGGCAGCACGCGAGCUCCGGGACGCGGUCCUCGCCCGCCGCUUGCCGCUCGCCUCAUUGCAAGCCGCUGGACCUCCGCAGAGCCUCUGCAGCGUUCUGGAUACUAGCUUUGGACGCCGAAAGUUUUUUUCUUCUUUUUGUUAUAUUAUCCUUAUUUUUUAGAGGAGGGACUGGGAGGAGAGAUUUGUCGCCGCCGCCAACGUGAGGUUUUUUUUUUCCUCCCCCUUGAAGGAUUCAUGCUGAUGUCUGCAGAGUCGGUUAGAGAGUAAAAACAGCGCAUGCCUUUCUGGAGUCAGGAUCCGUAAAUUCUGACGUAGCCCGAGCAUCUUAAAAAUCCCUGUAAUAUCGCCCAAGCACUUACGUUGCUAUGGUCAUUCUGAUCUCUAAGCAAAUGGAGAAACUACGGAUUUUUUUCCCUUAUUACGGUCGGAUGGGGUGAAGACCUUUCUGCCUGCUGAGAGCCGAGGCUCCAUAUGUAGCGAUGCAUAGCUGUGUUGAUCAGUGUCAGUGUGUGAGUAUAAAGUGGUGGCUUCUUAGACUAUCAGUGGUUUGACCUUGAACCUGUGCCAGAAAAACAGCAGAUUACUUUUAUUUAUGCAUUGGAUGGAUUGAAGAAAAGAACCCCUCUUUCCCUCUCUCUCUGCAACUACGGCAAGGGAGGGGAGUUGGAUAUACCUCGCCUAGUGUCUCCUGGUUGAUACGAUCAUUAUUGUUUAUUCUUGUGCUUAAAAGCCGAGUCCUCUGAUGGCUCCCUUAGGUGAAGUUGGGAGCUAUUUCGGUGUGCAGGACGCGGUACCGUUCGGGAACGUACCGGUGUUGCCGGUGGACAGUCCGGUGUUGCUAAGUGACCACCUGGGUCAGUCUGAAGCAGGGGGGCUGCCCCGGGGACCCGCAGUCACGGACUUGGAUCAUUUAAAAGGGAUUCUCAGGCGGAGGCAGCUGUACUGCAGGACUGGAUUUCACUUAGAAAUCUUCCCCAACGGUACUAUCCAGGGAACCAGGAAAGACCACAGCCGAUUCGGCAUUCUGGAAUUCAUCAGUAUAGCAGUUGGCCUGGUCAGCAUUCGUGGUGUGGACAGUGGCCUCUACCUCGGCAUGAAUGAGAAGGGAGAGCUGUACGGAUCAGAAAAACUAACACAAGAGUGUGUAUUCCGAGAACAGUUUGAAGAGAAUUGGUACAACACCUAUUCUUCCAACCUGUACAAGCAUGUGGACACCGGAAGGAGAUACUAUGUUGCUUUAAAUAAGGAUGGGACUCCAAGAGAAGGGACCAGGACUAAACGGCACCAGAAAUUUACACACUUUUUACCUAGACCAGUGGACCCCGACAGAGUACCUGAACUAUAUAAGGAUAUUCUAAGCCAAAGUUGACAAAGACAGUGUCUUCACUUGAGCCCUUAGAACAUAACCACUAUCAAUGCUUCCCUGCCGUGGGUUCUUAUUGAUUAGCAGGGCCUUCACCUCAGCUCCACUGUUGGCAAACUUUGUCGCAUGCAUAUGUAUGAUGGAAGCUUGGAUGGGGACUUGCUGAUUUGCUCUGCACUUAUGGGCUGGUCCUCCUGGAGGGCUGCCUGGGGCCACUUGCUUGAUUUAUUGUGAAAGCAGGGGAGAGGCUGCGUGAGAGGGUGUGAGUACCUGAGCGGGUGAGGCGAGGGGGACAGCAGCGCGCCAAGAGGACAACGGCCUGAUGCAUGCUGGGAAAUAGACAUGCUUUUACAUUUUUGAUCAGUUGAACUUCAUCCUAUAUCAGCACAGCUGCCAUACUUCAACUCAUCAGGAUUUUUGGCUGGUGGCCUGCUCAAGGGAGCACGCCUUUCCACAGGCGUGGAGGGCGCAGUCUCACUGAAAAGACUGUCAGCUCAUUCUCACUGAUAUCAUACAGUGAACUCAAAGCAAAGACCUCUUAGUUUAAAAGGAAAAAAAAAAGAAAGAAGAAAAGAGAAAAAAAAGAAAAAAAGAAAAAAGGUUAAAUUUAUUUAUAGAGAUUCCAAAGGCAACAUUUUAUUUAUUUUAUAUAUUUAUUUAUUAUAUAGAGUUUAUUUUUAAUGAAAUAUGUACAGGCCAGAUAGGCAUUUUGGAAGCUUUAGGCUCUGUAGGUGUUAAAUGGCAAAGUCUGCUAUGAACCUGUGGUAACUUCAUGCAAGUAGGUAUCCAAGAAAUUCUAAUGGCCCUAAUGUACUAAAGGCGACAAUCUAUUUUGUGCCCAUAUUAUUGUAAACUUCUGCACAUCGCUCACGACACUGAGUAUUCACUCUUCAGAUCGCUUGUUUCAUAGCUUACCCCAGAGGAUUAAAGAUAAACUGGGUCUCAACCCUUCAUUCCGUGUCUGUAAUUUUCCUCUCUCGUAACUCAGUGUAACUGGGGCUUGGAGUGUGCGAAGGCUGGCGUAUGUCUUACUUGUUUCAAUCUGUUGCAGAGUGUACCAAAGCUAAGCAAUACCUAUGCCUUUUAAUUUCAGACCACGUCCAUGACAACAAGACCUAACAUCAAACGUGGCACUGAUUUAAAAUUACCAAGGGAGUGGAAAAACAUUUACGUACUACAGAUUUUUUUCUUCUUCUUCCUCCUCUUUCUCCUCCUCUCUCUCUUUUGAGGCAAAAGUCAGAUGAACAGGAUCAUUCUUGUAAACUUUUUAUUUGUGUUUUGGCUAUCAAAUAUGGAAUUAUACAAGGACCUUAGGGCCCAUUACAACAUCUUUUAUGGAGAUUGCAUUUGGUACGAACUGUCAUAAUUACACAGGGCUAGUACCCUUCAAGUAAAACUUGCAACAUGAAACCAAUAAAUCUUUAUCAGUAAUGACAUUAGAGGGGUGCUGUACUCAUUGCCUGUGCUUUCUUUUCUGAAUCGGUCUUCAAGAGUGCUCAGAGAGGAGGUUGCUGUGUAGAACACUGUUUAUAAAAUCUUUUCUUACAUUCUAUACUGAAAAGCUUGAGAAUACAGCUUUAUUUGAGAACAAAAAUUCUAGAACUUGCUGUUGGGCAAGGGAGACCAUUUCUCACUCUGUACUAAGGUGAAAUGAGCCAAAUUCCUAAAGCGAUAUUUAAGAAAAAGAAACCUAUAACACACUUUUACUUUCCAGCCAGUUGACGUUGGGAAAUUGAAAGCGACAGUUGAAAAAUGUGUUCAAAUUUCCGCAGCUAAUUUUAAGAUGCGAUAUCCCGGCUUUGUUUUGCUUGGAUGCACAUUCUCGAUGGGACGUGAAAGCAUGUCACUGGCAAGCCGGAGCUGUUGUGAACUCGAAGAGCCUGACUUCCUGUCUUGAGCAAAUCCUUGUAGCCCUCUGUGGUCCAAGCUGGAGCACGUGGUGACGGACCCUGCUGGCGAGCAUUAGGGAAGAGCUGAAGGUCUUUGGAACUGAAAGACAUCUCAGAGAGAGGACCCCGAAGCUCUGUGAAGUAGUUGAUAGGAUAAAGAGCAGAAUGUCCUCCUUAUGCACACUCUUUGGACCCCCCUUUCAGUUUCUAAACAGGUGCUGUAUCGAGUUUUGAGCAGUGUUCUUCUUUGUUAUUUAAUUCUUUGCUGCUAAGAUGUAUACAUAUUCAGACUUCCAUUUCCCAAAAGCAUUUAUUUUAUUUUUGCUGAAAAGGAUUCAGUGUUUUGACCACAGGAAAGAACUAGGUUCAUAGGAAGUCAUAGCUGCAAUAUCUGAAGAGAUUUUAAAAGAGAGCCAUUAAUAGUCACAGCCUAGUAGGCGUUCCAGAAAAUCAGCUCAGAAGAAAGAAAAAUAACUGUGCAAAAACUAAAAAUUUAUAUGCAUUCCCAGAAAAUGCUACUCUAAUGUCUAUUUUUGAACUUUGUUUUGGUACUUUUUUUUUUUUUUGCAAACUAUUGUGUGCUUUUGGUAACCAGUACAAUAAACUGUAAUGGUCUGUAAAUAAAUAAAUAUUGAUGUAUGCGAUUUAUGUAAACAGGCACUGUGGGAGAGAAGAUGGCUCAGGGUUUCUAUGUGAGUACCACCCUGGGAAGUAGACAAAUCAUUCUCAGUGUUGGGUUCGCAUCCUAUUCGGUUCCUGCUAUAAGAGCUGCAAAGCCUGCUGGAUGGCAGCCCCAAGCUACUGUGGGCUGGGUGAUUCCAGCCCACAAACAGAUGCUCAGAUAGCCAAACGACUCUCUUGUUGGUGCCAACGCUGGCAUCAUGGUCAAAGACUUAGCCAGGGUGGACUGACCCACCUUCCCAUCUGCCAUGCAAAUGUCCCCAAGCAGCACUGAAGGACAUGCCAGGUCAGCACUGGGGAACCUGCCCUGCCAGGUCCUGCUUUGUGGAUAAAAUACGGCUUCAGUGGGUGGCAUCUUCACCA